AUGAGUUCUCUGAGAAAAACAGAUUAUUUGAGAAAAGCCUCUCCAACAACAUCGCUGCCCUCAAAAAGCAGUAUCGGAAAGAGAAUGAAAUUGAGCGAUGAGCAAAAACAAGAAAUUAAAGAAGCUUUUGAAUUAUUUGAUACAGAUAAAGAUGGAUAUUUGGACGCACAUGAAUUUAAAGUUGCCAUGCGAGCUCUCGGUUUUGAUAUUAAAAAAGAAGAAGUACUGAGGUUAAUGAGGGAAAAUCUGGAUGAAAGACCACUUGAUGAUUCUCAUCCAAUGAUGAUCAGAUCCGAUGCAUUUCUGCAGGUGAUGACAGAAAAGAUUUUAGAACGAGAUCCAUUAGAUGAAAUUAAGAAAGCUUUUAAACUGUUUGACGAAGACGGAAAUGGUAAAAUUAGUUUGAAAAAUUUAAAGAAAAUUGCAAGAGAAAUUGGAGAAAGCAUGAGUGAAGAAGAAUUACAAGCAAUGAUUGAUGAGUUUGAUCUCGAUAGAGAUGGCGAAAUUAACGAAAACGAAUUCAUUGCCAUCAUGAGCAACAAUGACGACUUGUAA